AUGCUCGCAACUUUGAAUCUUGAAAGAAACAAAAUCGGAGAUUUUGGAGCACAGUGCCUCGCUGAUGUGCUACGCAAAAGCAAAACAAUAACAACAUUGAACCUUCAAUCGAACCAGAUUGGGCAAGAUGGGGUGCGAUAUAUUUCUGAUGCGUUAGAACACAAUCCUAUUCUGGUAACUUUAGAUCUUGGAUACAAUCAGAUAGGAGAUAUUGGAGCACAAUAUUUGGCAGACGUAUUAAAAAACAACAAAAUACUCACCAAAUUGAACCUGAACGUUAAUCAAAUUGGGGAUGAUGGAGCACAGCAAUUGGUUUUUGCUCUGAGUGAAAAUACGACAUUGUUAACACUGGCACUUAUUGGUAACAACAUCACGCCGCAGCAAAUGUGUGACUGGGAAGACGAAGUAGAAAGAAUUGAGCUUUAUGCCCAUUAUCCCAGCGAUUGCUCGCCUGAUUGUGAAUAUGGUUGUUAUACUGAUUCUGGUUCUGAUUGA